AAAAAUGAUCAUUUAAAGAUUAACCAAUGAGAUAUUGUUUUGAAAAAGAACCUUUUUGUGUACAGCAUUUCUCAGUGUUUGUCUCCUCCGGUGUCACGCUUUUUUAAGCAUAAUAAUUUUUCAUAUUUCUCUAGUUUUUAAUUAAAAAAAAACUAAAACUUAUCACAAUGGCUGCGACUAUGCCAAUAAAUCCUAAACCAUUUCUCAAUGGUUUAACUGGAAAGCCAGUAAUGGUUAAACUAAAAUGGGGACAUGAAUAUAAAGGAUAUCUUGUUUCUGUCGAUGGUUAUAUGAAUCUUCAACUCGCUAAUACAGAGGAACAUAUUGAUGGAAAUUGUACAGGAAAUUUGGGAGAAGUUCUAAUUCGAUGUAAUAAUGUUAUGUAUAUUCGUGGUGUUGAAGAAGAAGACGAAGAAGGGGAGAUGAAAGAUUGACAGUAAAUUUAUAAUAUCCAAAAACAAUUCCACUGUAUUUUUUUUUCUGUUAAGUAAUUUAAGUUAUUUUACUUCUAAUAAACGUAAGUUUUUAAGCGAA